AAAGCAUUUUAAUUGGGACUGCCAUGUUCAAUUGACUUGAUUUGUCACAAAUAUCUGUAUCAUAGCUACAAACAUGCAACUCUGACACACAUUUUGAUGCCAAAAAUACUUAAUUUUUAGAUAGUAACAGUAACGUUAAUGACACACUUUAUUUACCACUGAUAAUUUUGUUCUAUUCAUGUAAAACAGCUGCCAUGGUGUAAUUUUGUUUUUAAUUUUGAAUAAAUGAAAGCUUUAUUAGGAAAAAGAAACAUAAUCACAACAAACCAUGUGAUUAAAUGUUCAAUAAGUUUCUGAGCUUCUACACCAACCCCCACAUGGUUUCCCUUGUGCCACCCCACUGAAAAAUCCUAGAAUCGCCCCUGGAUUUAAGCUCUCUGCCUUGUGUUCGCAGAUGUCUUGGCAGCAACAUUUCAGAGCGGCCCUGAACACGAACCUCCGCGCACACUGCAGCUAAUGGUUCCUCCGUCUGCAAAACCGUGCGCUAAAUAUCCGCACGCUUCACUCACUCUCUGUGAGACGAUCUCUAAUCUGGCACCUCUCUUCGCCUGUAUUAACACACGCUUUAGAAUUCCUGCCCUGCAAAUGCGAACCAUCUGUGCCCCCACGAAGCAACAAAAGGCGCGUUAAUGAGAAAAUGGUAAAUCGGCUGAGCUGCAUGUUGGUGGUAUUCCUACUGUAGCAAAGAGAGAGAAAGAGGGAGCAUGCAGAUGUGUUUAUUAAACUUUUUUUUUACUAAGCUUGUUUAAUGAGUGACUGCUCUGCUCUGCCUGAACCGUUCUGCAAGAGAGAGAGCUGAAAUUUUCGGGGUUCCCUGGGGAUUCCGUGGGAAGGAAAUCUUGCUGUCUGCUUUGUCCAUAUACCAGAUCUCAGACCCCCGGUGAAUGAGGGGGCGCGCAAAAACUCGGUCAAAGGGUUUCUCAAUCUCCGUUACUGCACGCCGUGUGUGUCUCAUUACCUGCGUGCACGCGCAGAUCUCUUCUGGAUCUCUGUGCACAUCUGGUUUUGGCGGGGUCGCAGAGUUGCGGGGGAGGGACUUUCAGUGUGUUUGAGGGUGUGAGUGUGCGAUCAUGCUCAGCGUCUGAACUCUGUAAUUCGCAGCAGAUGACCACUUGGGGGGAUGUAGGCUUUACUUGGGGAGGUGGCUGUUCCCUCGGACAGCAUCAGAGCGCAUUGGGCAAAUUCACCGCGCUCCAUAGAUGAUGCUGCUCAGCGAUGGCGCUGCGCGCUUGAAAUGUACACUUUACAGAGCGACACGUGAAAUAUGGAAGAGUCCAGCGUGACAGAGGAGAGGGGCGACUGCACCUGAAACACACAAAGCGAAUGCCGCUUCAGAUCCGGGCUGUGCCGGCCGCGCUGUGGGAAUGGAUACCAGCAGUUUCCUGGCGGGGAUGUGCUUUUUCCUGCUGUCGCUUAAUGGGUUUCUGUCCUCCUCGUUGGCGACGGGCUUUUGCCCAAACCGCUGCGACUGUCAGCAUUCACAGCAUCUCAUGUGCACCAAUCGCGGAUUGCGCACUGUGCCCAAACCCGCUGCGCAGAUGCCCGAGGAAGUGCAGAUUUUCAGCCUUGGGGGCAACUUCAUCUCUAACAUCUCCGCCUUUGACUUCACACGGUACAGUAACCUCGAACGGUUAAAUCUGCAGUACAAUCAAAUAAGAGUUAUUCACCCAAAAGCAUUUGAGAAACUUCCCAAGUUGGAAGAGCUGUACUUGGGACAUAAUCUUUUAACAGCUAUACCCGCGGGAAGUUUGCAGCCCCUAAAGAAAUUGACUAUUCUCUAUGGAAACAACAAUGCAAUUAAGAAAAUCACACCGGCGCUGUUUUCCAACCUGGAUAAUCUUAUUAAAUUGCGCCUGGAUGGCAACUCUCUAGAAGUUCUGCAGGACUCUGUUUUUAAGAGUUUGAUCAAUCUACAUUAUCUUCAUCUGGAAUCCAACAAACUGCAGCACAUUCACAGAAACGCUUUCUCUAAACUGACCAGCCUCCGCUUUUUAAACCUGGCCCACAACAAGCAAUCAGCCGUGCGCAAUGUCCUCACUUUCUCUCAACUCAAAGCUUUGACGACGUUGCUGCUGUCUGAGAAUGAAAUUCGUCAUAUUGGCAAUCAUGUCUUCCAAAACCUGAAAAAACUGUCCAAGCUUUCCCUCAGCAACAACAAAAUCUCCCAAAUGGACAGUGGUGCUUUGAGGGGCCUGUCGAGCCUCACGGAGCUUCUGAUUGACGGCAACGAGCUGGUGGAAAUUCCUGCCGUCCUCCUCGACCCCCUGGAGCGUGUCGAGGAGCUGGACUUCAGCCGCAACCGGAUAUCCAGCGUGGACUCUCUGGCUUUUUCGAGACUUAAACACCUAAGAGUAUUGAAGCUGAAGGACAACUUUCUCACCAGUCUGUCUGGGGACAUGUUUACCCUCAACAGCGCACUUUACGACUUGGAUCUCCAAGGCAACAACUGGACAUGUGACUGUCGCCUGGAGCAACUGAGAAAUUGGAUUGCUGCUGCACACUCUCAGGGCAAACUGCUGACUGUGUUUGUGCAGUGUCAUUACCCAGCAACUCUGAGGGGGAAAUAUCUGGACUAUGUGAACAGCUCCCAGCUGCAGCCCCUUGGGAACUGGACUCACUUAUGUACGAGUCAAGCUAGGCCUGAGGAGAGCAGGGCAGGGGCAGUACUAGUGAAGCUGGGUGGCACUGAGAGAGGAGAGGGAGAUUCACGGUUGCAAGAGGGUGGAGAAAGGACAGGUGAAGAUGAUCAGAAAGGUGUGAGAAAGAGAGGGGAAGUGGAAGAAACAGGACGUUUAAGACCAGGGAACAGGGGUAGAGUCAUGGUAUGGAAAAAUGGAGAGAAGAGGAAAAAGGAGGGACAGGAAGAGGUGGGGAUCCAAGGAGACCAAGGAGGUCCAGAGGUGGCAGAACCUUCUUCUUUCCUGGACAUAAGGAAACCAAAGAAGAAGCCACGGCCUGCUGCAGAGGCAGCUGAGAAACGUGUUAAGGGGAGACCGAGGUCAAAAGUUAUUUUCAAACCCAGUCCAUCAGCCACAAUGAGCCAAGCAAGCAUCGGGCUAACCACCACUGUUUCUGCUCACUCAGGAGAGCAGUUAGAUCUCCUUAGGUCAGAUCAGGAUGACGCCCUACCUGUUAUCACAGACCCUUGUGUUUUCAACCGCCAUUUCAUCACUAAUGUGUCUGUGGAUCACGUCACAUCUAGUACCGUCACUGUGUACUGGACCACCAGGGAUCAUCAGCGCUACACACCAGGGCUCAGGCCAGGCCUUGAUGAAGUCCACUACCGGGUUCUGUUUGACAGGUUUGGCAUCCAGGAUCGUUUCCCCCGCUAUGUUUACGCCCACGGCACGGCUCGCUCCGUGACCCUCCGAGAGCUCAGCUCAGAUGUGACCUACAUGGUCUGCGUGGAGGGAGUGGUCGGAGGCUCCGUGUGUCAAGUUGCACCACGUGACCACUGCGCGGGGCUAGUCACCCUAUCUGAGGGAAAUGGCCGUGGAGCUACGCUGACCUCUGACCUCCAACUGGUGACGGUGGCGAUGCUCGCUGGGAAUGCCGUGCUGCUGCUGGUCAUCGGCGGGGUGUGGCUGGGGAGAAGUCUGAGGAGAAAGUUGCAGAGGAGGAAGUCAGCCGUGCACGUGCGCCACAUGUACUCAACCAGGCGACCGUUUCGCACCGCAAUGGCCACGGCGUCUGUCUCCACCGACUUCACCAGCUAUCAAAGCAGCCGGCCAGCACGGCUCGCACCGCUAGAGGAGGGGGAUCUCAUCGAGUUCCCUGGCGACCGCUUUCUGGACAGCAGCAGUGUUCGCAGAGACAGCGAAAUGCAGAGAUUCUCUGACUAGAACCAUUAAAACGCCAAAUUAGCCUUAAAAGAAUCUUGACACUGAAAAAAAUGGGAAUUGCUUCAUGUUUCCAUCUGUGAUGUAGCCUUUUUAACAUAAACUCCUCUCAGCUGAGCUCAUGAGACACCAGAGGAAGUCCAUUCACUCUGACUUCCCCUUUCCCAGUUUGGAGCCUUCCUCUUUAAUUUCCUUGCUUCUAUGAGUCUACAUGCGUUGUUUUUCUUUUUUGUUUUUUUGUGUGUGUACGUGAAUGAUGUACCACUGAUUUCAACUAUGGUGCUAAUAUUCAGUUUGCAGACAUCAUAUCGUCUCAUAUUUGUACAGUGUGUAACGAUGGCUGCUGGGUGGCAGAAAAAUCUCCUGUUUUUACCACAUCUACCGUGUUUUAUACUUUUAUAAGGAACUUUGUAUCAUUUUGCAUUACAUGACAAAGUAAAAAUCCCCAACAAUGUGA